AUGUCAAAAGUUGCCAUUAUCAUCUACACCCUAUAUGGCCAUACGGCCCAGGUCGCAGAGGCCCAGAAAAAGGGUGUAGAAGCCGCAGGCGGAGAAGCAAACAUCUACCAAGUGCCAGAAACAUUAAGCGACGAAGUUAUAAAGGCUAUGGGUGGGGCCCCCAAGCCAGCUUACCCAAUUGCGACAACGGAAACAUUGGUGGAAUACGAUGCCUUUUUGUUUGGGAUUCCAACGCGGUUCGGUAACUUCCCAGCUCAGUGGAAAGCAUUCUGGGACGCUACGGGCGGCCUUUGGUCCAGGGGUGCCUUGCACGGCAAGGUUGCUGGCGUGUUUGUGAGUACAGGCACAGGCGGAGGCAACGAAACUACGGUGGUGAACUCGCUGUCGGUUUUGGCUCACCACGGGAUCAUUUACGUCCCACUUGGUUACAAAAAUGUGUUUGGCGAAUUGGUCAACUUGUCGGAGGUGCACGGUGGCUCAGCAUGGGGUGCUGGAACGAUUGCAGGUGCCGAUGGCUCCCGCCAGCCCUCGGCUCUUGAGUUGACGGUAAACGAGACGCAAGGUCGGACCUUUUACGAGACCGCCAAGAAGUUUUUGGCGUAA